CCCAGGCUCGGUGGUGGCAGUGUCUGAGAGGUCGGAGAGGACGCACCAUGCCGCGGGCUUUCCUGCUGACCCAUCGUCGCUACGAGCUGCCCAGAGGGACGAGUCCUGAGCGAGGAGUGAGUGAAGCAGAUCCUGCAACGAGAGCAGCUUUACCUCCACCAGAAGGAUGCUACCCCCUGCCGACCAGACCCAGCUGCCCACCACUGCCAGUGCCCCCAGCUGAUGUCCCUGAUGACCUCUAUAACCUCACACAGCUGGCUGAAGUUAGCCUUGCUGCGGCGGCAGGCCACAUCUUCAGAUCGUCUCCUCCCAUCAGGGUGGAGAAGCGGGAGCGGGAGGGCGAGUGUCACAGUUGCACAGACUGCGGCAAGAGUUACAGCACCUCCAGCAACCUCGCCAGACACAGGCAGACUCACCGGUCUCUGGCAGACAAGAAGGCUCGCCGCUGUCCUCACUGUGACAAGGUGUAUGUGUCCAUGCCGGCCUUCUCCAUGCAUGUCCGCACGCACAGUCAGGGCUGCAAGUGUUCCUUCUGCGGCAAGUGUUUCUCGCGCCCUUGGCUGCUGCAGGGCCACAUCCGUACCCACACAGGAGAGAAACCAUUCAAAUGUCCAGUGUGCAACAAGGCUUUCGCGGACAAGUCGAACCUGCGCGCGCACGUCCAGACACACUCCAACACCAAGCCCCACGUGUGCUCUCGCUGCGGCAAAGCGUUUGCUCUCAAGUCCUACCUCUACAAGCACGAGGAAUCUUCUUGCAUGAGGCCCAAGUCUGACGAGGAGACGCAGCCUGACUCUGACACAGCGUGCGAUCUCAGCUUCCGCAGCCAGCUGAUGGGCUUGGCUAUCACCGUGUAGACUCCGCCCUUAGAAAGCCCGCAGCCAGCUGAUGGACUUGGCUAUCACCGUGUAGAAUCCGCCGUUGAAAAGCCCGCAGCCAGCUGAUGGGCUUGGCUAUCACCGUGUAGACUUUGCGCUUGGAAAGCCUUGCAGCUCUGCAUCUUGCAGCAGUUAUAAAAUUAUAAAAUGUUUACUGAACAUUGCUGAUGUGCUUCGUAGAAAUGAGUUACUGCUGAACCUCUGGUACGAACUUUUAUAAGGCUUUGGAUUUUCAACCCUACAUCAACUAAUGUUGUAUCGUCCUUAGUAAACACUAUAACUAUGUUCCUUAGAUAUGAUUCCUUAGAUAGGCUUUAAGUAUCGGUGAGGAACCGUAUAUGUUAAUAUUUUUCUCCGUACCAUCCUUUCGUCAAAAGAAAAUAUAAACAAACAGACAAACACAUAUAAAAUCUUAUGUUUCGUUUUUGAAACAUUAUUUGUACAUUAAAACAUUUUAAUUUAAAUCUGUAUGAGUCUCCAGAUAAAUCUUUAUAUAUUAAGACCAUUAACGGUUUUGUAAUCUUUGUAUAUUGUAUAUACUGUAAAUAUAAUUUCAGUUCUCAGUGAAUAAUGAAAUGUCUGGAUACAAUCCUUAUGUGUUUAGAAAGCGUUAAACCGAACCGUAAAAAUUAACUAACACUUAAAUUUAUCUAAGUACCUUAUAAUUCAAAAGGAACUCACUUUAAACAUUUUAAAAAGUAUUGUGUCCGUAGUUAAUUUAAUUUUCACAAACAAAAUGCUUUAGACACACGUUUGUCUGUCAGGUUAAACUCUGUUGUACGCAUCCGAUUCUUAAACUUUUUCUGUAAUUAGGAAAUUUAGUUUUCUAAAAUAUUACUCCAUCAAUAUUUAUUGUGAAAAUUGCUAACGUCUUAAAUGUUGAAGUUAAUAACGAUUUAUUAAGUUCAAAUAGUAGGUCCUUACUAAUCAGGAACAGAGUUCAUACCUGAGGAGAACUUCUGUCCAACAGUUCUACCUGAUUUUUGGGGUUUACGAAAUCUGCUAUACAAAAGAUCAUAGGUCGACAAAACCACUUAAAACAUCUACAGUAGGGAUAACUGUAAUAAAUAACUACCUUAUUCCAUAUAUUAAUUUAAACAAACUCUCCAAUAAUAUAAAGUUUUUUUAUUUUUGUGAGGCCUUUCGUACUCAAUGAGUACAUCUUCG